ACUGUAUUGUGUGUGAGUUUGGGAGAGGAAGUUUUAUUAGGCUUGUUGAUCUGAAACCUGAUGAAUUCUCCAUGUUGUGUUAAAUUCGAUAUAUCUGCUAGAGUAUGUAGAGAUUUCCUCUUUUGGUCUAAUCCUUAGUUUAAAGUGGGUACUUCUCUUCAUGACCACAUAAGAACCUUUUCUCCAGUCACUUAACAAAAUCCUACUGACCUUUAAAGCCCUCCACAGCCUCACUCCUUCAUAUCUAUCCGAGCUUCUCCAUCUUUUCAUCCCAACGCAGACUCUCAGGUCCACUGAUACAGGCCUUUUCACGCUACCACAUUUCACCUUCUCCACCAUGACUGGUAGAUCAUUUGUGGCCUUAACUCCAAAACUUUGGAAUUCACUCCUCCAGAAACUCUGUCUUAUCUUUUAAAUCACAAAUUAAACCACAUUUAUUUCUUCAGUACUUUGGGUCUUCCUCUAACAUUGGAAAAGUUUAUAUCUUUCCUCGAUCUUAGUUUCCAUCUCUGAUUUUGUUUGUGUCUGCCUGUAAUGAUUUGUUCUUUUUGUUUGGCACUUUUGUUUGUUGUUGUUGGUUAGUGUCAUCAUCUGCCUGUCAGCUGUCCUGAAACAGUGGAAAGGUGUAUUAUUAUUAUUAUUAUUAUUAUUAUUAUUAUUAUUAACUACAUCACUGAGGAUGGGCAGUGGCGGUCAGGCAUCAUGGAGAUGGAAAAAAAGCAUUUCCAUAUAAGUGGAGAAACAGAAGAUGUUAACAACAACCCCAGUGACCCUUUCCGAGGGACAAGCUGUUUUAAUAUUUUUAGCUUCUAAUUAGCUUCUAAGCUAAUUUGUUGCUCCAAGUCUGUUCCUGGUCUGCAGUUCCUGUUUCUGACUUCUUUAGAGACUUGUCUCCUCUUCAAAGCACUACAUCAUUGUUUUAUUGCAUUCCUGAGCUUUAUGAGUGAUAUUUAACAUACACUAUUUAUUUUAAGUACCAGAAAGGUCUGAUAUAAGAAAACCCCAAAUAUUUCUUGAUAUGCAUUUAUUAAUCUGUCAUAAAUUCAGUAAUUAAAUAAUUAAUUAAUUGGUUAAUUGAGCUGGACACGGACACACACACACACACACACACACAACCGAGAUCUGAUUUCAACAGAAGAAACUGAACUGUGCUGGACACGGACACACAACACACAGAUAGACAAAAACUGACACACACACACACAAAACACACACACACAACUGUGUUCUCAACAGAGAACUGAACUAUGCUGGACACGAACACACACACACACACACACACACACACACAAAUUGUCCUGUUUGCAUGCAUAUGUCACUUUACAUUACACUUUACAUUGAUCUUGUUUACAUGUAACUUUAAUAUUUGCACUCACUAUCUUUUGCACAGAGUCGGCGUUAUAUGUCCUGUUUGUCUGCACUGUCCUGUCUUGUCAUCCUGUGCACUUCUGUUGUAUGUCUAGUUUCUAAAGAAUUGCACCUUAAGUAUAGUUAGCUUUAUCCCUAUCUCUAUGUUUACUGUUUACUGUGUUCUGCAUAACCUAUAUAUGUUUGAAGUGACAAUAAAGCUUCUUUGACUUUUGACUUUGAUUUCUGUUUGGCCCCAGAGCCAAGAAUAUCCAGCAGGCCAUAUUAGAGGACAAAGGACAAAGGACAAAGAGCAUCAAAACAGUAACGAAGGUGAGAACUGCACCCUGUGUGGAAUCAAAGAUUCAAAUCCAAAAUGCAGAAGAAAUUUCAGAUGAUUAACGAGGGAAUCCCAAUGCAGGGAAAAUCAAGAUGUCUAAGUGAGAUUUACACAGAACUCUACAUCACAGACUGUGGUUGUGGACACAUCAGUGAUGAACAUGAGGUCAGACAUAUUGAAAGGACAUGUAGGAGACUAACAACAGAGGAGUCCAUCAAUUAUAAUGACAUUUUUAAACCCUUACCUGGAGAUGAGAAACCCAUCAGAACUGUGCUAACAGAAGGCAUUGCUGGAAUUGGGAAAACGGUGUCUGUACAGAAGUUUGUUCUGGACUGGACUGAAGGAAAAGCAAAUCAGGAUUUGGACUUCAUUUUUCCAUUUAACUUUAGGGAGUUGAAUUUUAAGAAAGGAGAACAUCUCAGUUUUUUGGAGCUUCUCCACUUUUUCUUCCCAGAAACCAAAGAACUUCAAAUAGACUAUCAUCAUUACAAAAUCAUGCUCAUCUUUGAUGGACUGGAUGAGUCUCGUAUUUCUCCUGAUUUCAUAAACAGCAAAAUGUUGACUGAUCUAACAGAGUCAGCUCCAAUAGAGGUUCUGUUAACAAAUCUUAUUAUAGGGAAUCUCCUUCCAUCUGCAUUCCUCUGGAUAACAUCUCGACCAGCAGCAUGCAGUCAGAUUCCUGCUGUUUAUAUUGACAGAGUUACAGAGGUACGAGGGUUCAAUGACCCUCAGAAAGAUGAGUACUUCCGGAAAAGAAUCAGUGAUCAAACCCUGGCUGAUAAAAUAAUCACACACCUAAAGUCAUCACGAAGUCUUUACAUUAUGUGCCACAUUCCAGUCUUCUGUUGGAUUUCAGCAGCUGUUCUCGAGGGAAUGUUCAGUAAAGCAGAAACUGGAGAGGUCCCCAAGACCCUGACUCAAAUGUUCACACAUUUCCUGAUCUUACAGAUCAAACAUAGAUCACUAAAAUACAAAAAACAGGAAAUGAAUCCUGGACAGAUUUCAGACAUUGUACUCAAACUGGGAAAGCUGGCGUUCCAGCAGCUGGAGAAAGGAAACCUGUUCUUCUAUGAGUACGACCUCACUGAGUGUGGGAUUGAUGUCCAAGAGGCCACAGUGUACUCAGGAGUCUGCACUCAGAUCUUUAUUGAGGAAAUCACUUCACUGGGGAAAGUGUACAGCUUUGUGCAUCUGAGUGUUCAGGAGCAUCUUGCAGCUAUGUAUGCAUUUCUCUCAUGUAUCAAUGGAAAUCUCUCAAAACAACAAUCCUCUAGAAUCUUCGGACUCUCGAGCAAAGCAACACUGAUAAACCUCCUAAAGAGGGCAGUGGACAAGGCCCUAAAGAGUGAGAACGGACACCUGGACCUUUUCCUCCGCUUCCUUAUGGGUCUCUCACUGGAGUCCAACUUAAUUCUCCUACAAGAUCUACUGACAGAGACAGGACGCAGCUCUCUGACCAAAGAUGCUGCUGUCACACAUGAGGAAAUAACCACAUACAUCAAGGAAAAGAUUGAAAAGUUUUCAUCAAAAUGCAAAACCAUUAAUUUGUUUCAUUGUCUGAAUGAACUGAAUCACCAGUCUCUGGUACAAGAAGUUCAAGGCUUUUUGAAUAAAAUAGAAAAUCAUUGCCUCCAUGGAGUCGAACUUUCUCCAGUUCAGUGGUCAGCUUUGCUUUUCUCGUUGCUGAACUCAGAAGAGGAGCUGGAAGAGUUUCACCUACAGAAGUAUGCAGCAUCAGAUGACUGUUUGAUGAACAUGCACCCAGUUAUCACAGUAUUCAGAAAAGCUCUGCUUAGUGGCAGUAACCUUACAGAGAAAAGUUGUAAAAGUCUGGCAGAAGUUCUCAGCAGUAAAUGUUCUUAUGUGAGAGAGCUGGACCUGAGUGAUAAUAAAGUUCAGGAUUCAGGAGUCAAACUGCUUGCUGAAGGGCUGAAGAGUCCACAGUGUAAAUUAGAGAUCCUAUGGCUUGGUGACUGUGAUCUCACAGAGAAAAGCUGUACAGUUCUUGCUUCUGUUCUUUCCUCUGAGUCGACACAUCUGACAGAGUUGUGUCUCAGCCACAAUAAACUGAAGGAUUCAGGAGUUAAGCAUCUCUCAGUGGCUCUGCAGAGCUCGACCUGUAAACUAAAGACACUGAGGCUGAAUACCUGCAGCAUUACAGAGGAAGGCUUUACUGCUUUGAUUUCAGCUCUGAGGUUGAAUCAUUCUCACCUGAGAGUGCUGGAUUUGGGGAGAAAUAAAGCAGGACCGACAGGCCUCAAUCUGCUUUGUGAUCUGUUAAAGGAACCAAGCUGCAAACUGGAGAAAUUAAAAUUGUUUGACUGUAGUAUCACACAGGAAGGUGGGACUCAUCUGAUUUCAGCUCUGAUAUCGAACCCCUCUCACCUCAGAGAACUGGAUCUGGGAUUGAACAAAAUAGCAGACCCAGGAAUGAGAUUAAUCUCAGAUUUCCUUAGGAAUGAACUCUGUAAACUGGAGAUAUUAAAGUUGCAUGACUGUAACAUUACAGUGGAAGGCUGUGUCGCUCUUGCUGCAGCUCUGAGCUUAAAAUCACACCUGAAAGAGCUCGAUCUGAGCAGUAAUGAUUUAGGAGACCAGGGAGUGAAGCUGCUCUCUGAUAUAAAGGAAGAUGGAAAGAACACUUUGGAGAAAUUGGAACUCCUUGGCAAUGUUGUAUCCAUCCAUCUAUAGCGGGAACAUUGGAUGGUUCUCCAGACCUGAGGAAUAGGGGUGGCUGGUAGCCCAGGACACAUUGAAAGGUAGGUCUCGGGCCAGUGAGGGCCACCAGAAGCCAUUCUGUAUGAGAGCUGUGGUCCUCUGGAUACCCAGGUGACCUGAGCUACAUGCACCAUGGACUAUUUGUAUAACUCAUGAACAGAAGGUUGCUGGCACAUAUUGCUUGACAGGAGGGCAUUCAGCAGCUCCAGCAGGAGGGCAUUCAAAGGGUCCAGCUGUUGUGCUUGCUGAAUUUCUUCUAAGAGGUCCCAUCUGACAGGUAUGUGCACAAUGGAAUGGGGUAGAAUGGGUUCUGGGCAUGAAGGCAGUUGUCACGCACUUCCUUGAUGGACAGCAAUUCAUGAUUUCCCACACCAUAAUUUGCAACCACUGAUGUCAAUUUACGGGAGAAAAGGAUACAGGGGUACACUUUCCCAGGGUCCUCAUGGCACUGUAAUAAUGCCGCCCCUAGUCAUAGCUGGAGACUGAGAUGUAGGCAUAUUCGGCCUUUUGGUGGCAUAGCAUUGGGUAACAGGUCUAUGGCACAGUCCCAAGGGUGGUGGAGGGGGUAGUUCAGUGUUUUUCUCUUUGCUGAAGACUUCCCAGAGGUUAUGACAUUCUGGUGGAAUACAGUAAUGGGUCCAUGAGUGUGUGAACUUUCUACUCUGGUAGUAAGGCAGGUGUGAGUCACAGGGUUCUGUAAACAGUGAUUCAGGCAAUAGGAGGACCAUUGUGUUAGUUCCUUGUCCUUCCAAGACAGGCAGGGUUUUUGAAGGUGCAUCCAGGGGAAGCCCAUGAUGAUAGGGUUUGAUGAAGAUGAAAUAAUAUAUAAGGAGACUGAAUGGUAAUAGGGAUGAACUUACAUGUGAUGAAGCCCUCUCCAAUGGGUCAGUUGUGCAGGGCAGGGUUGGUAGCCGCAGUUCCUUGAUGAGGUGGUCUAUCUGGUUCACUAUGGCUCCCGAGUCCACUAGGGCUGUAAGACAAUGAAUGUCAUGAGCAUGGUGUAAUUGCACCGGUACAGUGUAACAUGAGUAAUGGAAAGUCCAGCCCACCUUAGAUGGAGUUGAGGGCUUCUCACGACAGGCAAAGCAGCAGUGGUCUGAAUGAUUGCAGUAAAAACACAGUUGGAGGUGGGCACAUCGUUGUCACUCCUAUGAGGACACCUGGGUUCUUCCUAGCUAAAUAGGUUUCAUUCCCUCUUUUCUACUGCUGAGGGGCUCCUCCCUGUAUGGAAAAACACUGUGUUGAUGGCUGUUUGUGAGAUUCUGGUGCAGUAGAUUGCCACAAUGUUGAUAUACUGGGACAGCGGAGUGUCAAUAUCCCAACAGGCCAGCUAGCCUGUAAGGCAGGGUGAAGUCUCUUACAGAAAUUGGCCCAAAGUGAAGGGUAAGAAAUUUGAUGGCAUACUCAGCCACUGAUUCAUUACCUUUACAUAAGUGAAGAGAUUGUACAGAGAUCUCAGCCUCCCACCAGGUAUUCAAAGACCUUCCAUAUCAUUUUCAAAAAGUAGGUGCAAAAAACUCUCACAUGAUGGUCACUGUUCCAAUACUGUUGAGGCCCUGUCCAUUGCCUUCCCUGUGAGCAAGGACAUGAGGAACACACACUUAGUAUGCUCCUCCCAGUACAUGUCGGGCUAGGCCUGUGAACCCGGAUUCUGCCACAGCUGCUUGUUGGUGUCUUGCAGGGCUGCUAGUUGUUCCUGGUAGGCCCACAGCGUUUCUCCCCAAUUUAAGUCUGUGAAAACCCCAAAGUCAAUAUGACCUCGCAAUUCACCUUGACCUGGAAGCACUAGGAAUCGGGCAAAGGUUCCCUCUGCCGGUCUGAUGGAAGCAUUACAGGUCAGGAUGCUACACAUGAACAUACAGAAAACAUUACCCUCAAUGAUUGCACACAUUUUAAUAUAGGUUUUGUCAGAGGCCCAGGAACUCGGGAGCGAGCAAUAGUGAGGCUGGGCGAGGUGAUUGUAGAUUCUCUGCUGGUCCUUCUGUGCUUCUUCCAUGUGUUCUCUGAUAAUUAGAUUAAUGCAGUCAGUGUGGCUCUGUAGCAAUUACACAUAUCUGGCCAUGAACUGGAAGGGUAAGGAAAAUUUUUUGCACAUCUCCUUGGCUACAUCCAGCAAUUCUCUGGGCCUCCACCCAUAGAGCAACUUGGGUCCCAAGUUCAUUCCAGUUUCUUCAUUCCACUCAUCCACCAAUGUCUGGUUAAACUGCUCCUCCAGGUCAUUUGUUGUACCUGCAACACAUUAUCCAAAUUCGUUAGUUUAGACAUACAGAUCAUAGCUUGGUCUGUAGGUAAAGUAGGUCUUUUGUGAUCCUUACUUGACUGAAGAGCAUCAUGAGCAAGUGAUGGUUUGGUUGAUGUUUAGAGAAGUAGCCUUCCACAGGGGUGGUGCCUCUGGGUAACAUGUGGCAUAGUUCACAAUCUAUAUUACAAUCAUUACCAUCACUUACCUCCAUUGGUGUUUUAGUUGGUCAUCCUCCUUCGGGUGGUACACACAGAAGGGGUGGAAGAAAGAGGACUCAUCCUCAGCACUAUCAUCUAUGCUGUCUUAUCUCUCUGCAGUUCACUAAGCUAGUUAGAUGGUCCUUCCUUCGUCCAGGCAGCACGAUGGAUCACUGAGUGGUAGGCUUGUGUCACUGUGCUAACAGAAUUGAUUAAGACUUGGACAGACUUUUUUGUUGGACAAUGCAGCACACCAGCAAUACCUUCAUGGGUAAGGGUUAGUGGGGCAUAGAGGAGAUGUGGCAUGGAGAUUCCAGUUCUAUGCAAUGUGAUUAAAGGUAUGUAGGUAAGCUUCAUCAAAGCUUCAGCUUUGUUGCUGCCAAUGAGCUUGGGAAGUAAGUGGUAGACAUCACAGCACGGGUCAGGGAGCAAAGUGAAUGAGUUUCCCUCAUAGAGGGCUAUAAGCUCAUCACUGGCUGCAUGUAGCAAUUAAAUUCCUGUUUGUCCUCCCACUGGCAGAGACUGGACUUGGGGAAGGGCAAGAAGAGGGAUUUUUAAAUCUUAGAGGGUUUGCAUUCAUGCCCACAUGGUGAACACUGUGGUCUCAAACAUCAGCAAGGGAGAACUCAAACACACAGACACACUUGGAGUAGGCAAGCAAAGCUAUUUUAAUGACCUUCAAAAUAGUAAGGGUGUAACUAACGAUUAUUUCCACAAUUGAAUAUUCGGGCGAUUAUUGUUUCGAUUAAUCUAUGAAUCGGAAUUUUUAAAAUACCUUUUUAUUUUUAUUUCAAAAUAAAUUUACACAUUGGGGGUAGAAAUAUGAACGUAAAACUGAACCUUCACUACCACAAUGUUUUUUUCCAGCUUUUAAGCAGAAAACUUUUGAACUUUUAAGACUUAAACCACAAACUGUUUAUGUUUCCUAAAGAGGCAGGACUACUAGACUACCAAGUUAUGAUCCAUUCAGUCUUCCAGAUAUUUGCAUUGCAUUAUUUUUAAUUGGUAACAAAUACUGAUUAAAAACAAAUUUGUUUGUUUAUUUUGAUUCCAUUCCAUUUUAAGUGGACAGUACUUAACGGUCUUGCACUACAACUAUUACCGCUGUUUAUCAUCUACAUUGUGAAUGAGGAGUAAUGCAGCGCUCUUUACACAAUAAACACCAGAUAAAGCAUUCACACAGAAUAAAGCAUUCACACAGAAGCUAUGUUUGUGUUUACAAAUGCAAGACUCUGUGUUUAGGAAUGGGUUUAAAAAGCGCAGUACAGAACGCCAAGGUCUCAGGAUAUGCCAUGAAGUGGCCAUGACACCCUGCUACUGUAAACAAAGCUUGCAACGCUUGCCCCACCUCUGAGGCCUUCUGAUUGGUCCAGUGUUCUGUGAGUGACAUUGAUGAGCUGCGCUGCUUGGAAAAGUUGAAAUCAUUUGAACAUGAGACCCGCAAGGGGCUGCAAAAGAUUCGCGCACAGCGGUCAAAUACAUUUCAUAUAUCGCAUUCAAUUAAAAAUAAUGGAAAAGAAAUUAAGAAUAAAACACGUUCUGUGUGAAUGACCAACACAUUAAGCACACAAAUAUGGCACAUGACAAAUCUGUAUUAAACUUGCCAUCCUGUGUUUCCGUGCCACUGAAGCUCCGCUUUGCAAAGUUUGCAAGUUACAUUUGGCGGGGAACUCCCAUGCCUUAGAGGACUUGGGUCGCACACUUUUAUCGGCCGUGCUUGUACUCUCCGCCAUUCUUCCGAUUUGCGGCUGGAACAAUGCUGUGCGUGGUGACAUUCGCCGGCCAACUAAUCGAUAAUGUCAUUCACUGACAUUUAUCCCUUAUCCCAUUCCUGACAUUUAUUUAUUCCAUUAUCGAUUAUUAUCGGUUUGAUCAAUUCGUUGUUUCAGCCCUAAAAAAUAGAGAGUGGUAGUUAAUGUAAAUGGAGCUGUGAGGUUCUUGUGGCAAAACUCGACACCAGUAUUGUGGGAGAUCAACAGAUAAAUUGAAUUCAGUGUGGAGACAAAAUAUGUGUGCUAUGUGAAUAAAUUAUUCUGAUUCAUAUGGAUGUCUAAUAACUCUCUCUAUUUAUCUUUCAGGGUCUGAGAUCUUUUGACCUGACCUGGUGUAGGAAGUCUUGUGGAUAUAACAGCUGACAUAUACUCAACUUUCUUAGAUGUACAUCAUCAUUCCUGACACACUUGCUUUGUAGACUCUGCUGUUUUCACAGAUAAGAAAUAAAGCUGUUUUCCACCUUUUUGGCUAAUCAGAAAAGCAGUGUGUUUAAGUGGUGUUUGUUGUUAGCUUCCAGGUCAACUGAAUGCCUUCAGAAUCAUAAAGAAGCUCAGAAAUACCACAGAUUGUGCUGUUGGUUGAAGAAGAUCUGUGUGUUUAGUGCUAGUUAAAAACUUUGGGUUUUAGCUUCAGUAAGGGGUUUGUGAUUAAUAUACUGUGAUUGGUGAUAAGACCAUGUUGAUUGUUAGUUAGUGAGUGUGACAUGGGAGCUCUUACAGAAAAAACUCACAUGUGAAAUAAUGUCUGAUGUCUUUCACAUGUAUUUUCACAUAUUUCUUUUUUUUUUUUUUCAUGUUGUUUUAUAUGUGAGGACAUUAGAGUUAGCUACAGGUGGGGUGCAGCUGCCAUUCAAUGUCAAAAAGCUCAUGUAUGAAAAGCCACUGGUUGUGCAGAAGCCUCCAGCUGGUCAGGCAGAAGCUAAAGUCCCAUGUUAGGACAAAAAGCCUGCUUCUGGGUAGAGUUUGAGCAGAGGUCCUGUGUUGGUCCAGAACAUCCAGGUGGACAAGAAUUUAUAGAGGGUUAAAAUCUCCUGCAUGUGAAAGUCCUAUGCUGGGCCUCUGGUUGGGUAGUUGUGUUGGGCAAAAGUGCAUGCAUGGCUAGGCAGAUGCUUGAGGUUGGAAAGAAGCCUGAGGGUGGGCAGAAGCCCAGGGUUGAACAGAAGCUCCUGGUUGCUCAAAUGCUCAAGCUCCUAAAUGAUCAGAAGCUCAGGGGAUAGGCAGGCCAGGGAUGGUCACAAGCUUCUGAUUAAUCAGAUGCCAGAGGGUGCACAGAUACUUGAGAAUGAACAAAAGUUCCUAUUUAUCAGAAAAAUGUGGUUGAGCAGAGGUUCAUGGCUGAUCUGAUGCCUGAGGUUGGGCAGGAGCUCCUGAUUGGUUAGAUACCUGAGGCUGUGCAGUAGCCUAAGUUUGCUUGUUGCUGGUCCCUGGGGAGAAUUCCCAGGUUACUCAGAAGCUCAUAGUUGGAUUGAAACUUGAGGGUAGGCAUAUUCCUGUGGUUGGGCAGAUGCCUGAGGGCUACCAGAUGACUGAGGGUAGGGAAAACCUGAGGUUGGGAAGAAGUUCUUGACAGGUCAGCUGAUCUGAAAUGGGUAGUUCCUAUUAAUGGGUAAAUUCAAUUCAAUUCGAUUUUAUCUGUAUAGCCCUGGACAUUCUCACAAUGCAGCUAUACAGAAAUAUACAAAUACUCUAGUCAGUUUGAAAACACAUGAAAUAUGUGAAAACACAUGAGUUCACAUGUUAUACUCUAAUAACAACUUUCUGUAAGAGUUGGUAAUUGUGUAAUGUGGGUUUGUUGUUCAAAGUCUUUGUGCAUUCACAAAGGACAUUAGUAAUGAAAGGUUCUGUACAUGUCUUGUGUGAUGGGAGAGUCCAUGUGAGGAGACAGAAAGUGCAGUUUGUACAUGCUGUAGGUACUGAUAUGUUGAUCAAAGCUGGAGCAGAAGGCUUAUAGAAAUUUAAUGUAGUGGCAAGUUAGAGGAUAUAAAAACUAAUUUUCUGAGCUAGUUGAUGGAGUCAUGACAUGUGACUGAACAUGACUGAAGGUGAUCUGGAGGAUCCAGAAAAAAGUAGACCUGGUUUUUUUUUUUAUCCUGUGCAGUAACAGCACUGCUAUAUUCUAUGAUAUGCUAUGUAGUGCACUUAUAAAGCACCUGUGGAGGUAAAUCUCAUCUUACUUCCUAUCUGACACACCUAUUAUUUAACAUCUAGAUUUUAUACUCUUGUACUUGUAUAAUAAUAAUAAUAAUGUAUCUACAAAAGGUAAAGGUGAUUCAUAACAUAAAAGCUUAAAGCAACAGUCUGUAAUAGUAAAAUAACAUCUAAUAAAGAUUUAAAAUUAAAUGAUGCAUGCAGUCAUUCCUAACGUGAGAUAUUGAAUAUUAUGUACAGAUGAAUACUCCUGUGUUACUCAGUGUGUGAUGUGAUUGACUUUGUGUUCUGUUAAUGCAUGUCUAUAUAGGUACCCAACUCGGAUGUUAUCGCUUUAACUAGUUUCAUUACUGUACCACUGCUUCAUGAUGGGCUCUUUUUAAGAACGUAGACACAGCAAAAUGACAGCAAAAAGUUGCACAGUUGUUGACAAUUUCAGCAGUGAUGAUAACAUUUCUUCAAUUCAUUCUCAUUAAUCAGAAUAAGGUAAUGGAGAGAUGAUCACUGAUAGUACCCGUUUGAUGUAUUUGUCGUUAAAUGAGAGGUAAAUGUUUGUCUACACUAACUCAUGGUGAGAAGUGUUGCAGUGCUACCAGGUGAUGUGGAGAUUAUUUGGUGAUAAUAAAUAAAAUAUUACACCCAA